AUCCGGAAUUAUUUAUGAACUACCAAUAACGAAUUCUUUAAUUUUCAGAAAAUGAACAAUCCUUGCUCAUCUUCACCCCCAGACCUCACUCUUUCAACAAUAGAAAAAUGUCCAGUUUGCUGGAAGCCUGCUCAUGGCAUGCAUUUCGGAGCAUUUACAUGCAGAGCUUGUGCAGUAUUUUUCAGAAGAUUCGGAGCUUCAAACAAUCUCAAACCAUGUAAAAAGAACAAUGUUUGCAAUUUUGAUAAAAAUGGAUAUGUGAGCUGUAAAAAGUGUAGAUUACAACGGUGUUUUGAUAUUGGGAUGAAAAUUGAUAAUUUUCAAUUUGAGAGGGACCCGUAUAAGCAGAAGCUUGAAAUGCAGGCGGCUUUGAAAGUUAUUCGGAACAUACCACAGACCCUAGACACCUUCCUCGGCCGGUCCAGUCUCAUAAUGUUCACCGCUCCAUCUUUUGAUGACUCUCCAACGGAAGUUCACAUUGAUGUUCGAUUUCUCAUUGACACUGCGUACAGGCAGCUUUUGAAGGGUCCCGAAACGCCAAUUAAAACUCCAAAUGCACUGAAAAGGCUUGCGAUUGGGCUACAAAAUCUUCACAGUGCUCAGGAGAAACCAACAAAAGUUAUGGAAAAAUUCGGGAAAGAUGAGACUUUCGCAAUAUGGGAGGACGAUGUGCUGAAAACUGCAAAAUGGUUCUCCUAUUUUGAUGAUUUUCAAAAACUUCCCAGUCAAUUGCAGCUGGACAUUGUAAAAAAAGAAUGGCUUGUUUGGAGUGGAUUGGAGAAGCUUGCAGCACUGGGAAAAACUAGAAGACAAAUGAUGUAUGAAGACUUUGCAUUUGUACUUCACGUGGACAAUGAAUUAGUGGCGUUUAAGAAGACGAUUGAAGUUGAUAUAUCAUGGUGUUCGAAUUAUAAACUUGAGCAAUUGGAUUUCUUCGACUGCAACUUCAAAGAACGUCACGAACAACUAGUUCAGCAGAUUGUAGCCCUCAACCCAACCGACGAGGAAUUGAGCUUUAUGCUAUGCUAUUUAAGCUUUCAACAUUAUAUGAAACAUUGUCCGAAGCACAAUGUGGAAAUAGUAGAACAACUUCAAGACUCCAUAUCAAAUCAUCUACACGAAUAUUAUUUGAACCAUAUGAGCCGUCCGAAUUAUUCGGGGAGAAUUGCCGCUAUUAUGAAGCUCAUUAAUGCUAUACAGCUAUUUUUGCUACAUGAUAAAACCAAGAUGGAGCUGAUGAAAGUGUUCAAAGUGUGUUUCGCUAAAUACUCGCACCCGGAAUUAUUUUUUGAAUACGAAUAAGUGACUUUAUUAAAUAACAAUUUUUAUUCGAUCUCUAUUUUUCACUGUAUAAUUUUUUAAAAUAAUAUUUUUAUUGUGGAUAUAGAGAAUUGUUGCAUUUUAGAAAAAAUGUUUUAUGAAUUAUUUGAUCCUUUUAU